CAGCCCAACCGACACCCCCUUUUCUCUCCUCACCCCCAUCACCACCGAUGGCGUUCAUCAUGAAGAAGAAGAAAUUUAAAUUCCAGAUCAUCUUCAGCCUGGAGGAGCUGACGGCCGUCCCCUUUGUCAACGGGGUGCUGUUCUGCAAGAUUCGCCUUCUGGACGGAGGGGAUUUCACUCAACUCUCGUCCAGGGAGGAGAUUCAGGAGAACUGUGUUCGUUGGAAGAUGAAGUUCAAUUUCAUCUGUAAAAUGAGUGCAAAUCCAGUGACUGGUGUCCUGGAUCCCUGUAUCUGCAGAGUAUCUGUACGUAAGGAACUGAAAGGUGGGAAGACGUUCUCAAAGCUUGGGUUUGCUGACCUUAAUCUAGCGGAGUUUGCAGGUUCAGGCUCCACCGCACGCUGCUGUUUACUAGAGGGUUAUGACACAAAGAACACUCGACAGGACAACUCCAUCCUUAAGGUCACAAUAGGUAUGCAACUGUUAUCUGGAGAUCCGUGCUUCAAAACGCCUCCUUCUACUGCCAAGUCUAUCUCAUUCCCAGGCCAAGAUAGCUCCUUGCAGCUGGACUGUAAGGGAGAUGGCACCACAGACAACAAUGUCGCUCCUGGUGGCUUGAAUUCAGUGAGACAGCCAAAACCUCGGCCUCCCGCACUCAGCUCAGGUCUGACUGAGGAAGCUGAGCAGACCCCGUCCAGCCCAGAUGAAGUGUUUCAAAUUGGCCACUCUCGGAAUUCCAGCUAUGCCAGUCAGCAUUCGAAAGUGUCCGGUUACAGCACUGAACACUCCCGAUCCUCAAGCCUGUCAGACCUAACCCACCGGCGUAAUACGUCGAGUAGUAGCAGUGCCUCAGGAGGGCUCAGUAUAACUGUUGAGAGCACAGAAGGCGAGAAGGAACACAAACUGGAAAAACCACCUCGGCCUCCGAGGCCCACACUGCCACCUGACAGGCCAUCCAGGUACACAGCUGUUCUGUUUAAAAGAGGUAGUUCCCUAUCUCUGGAUAGUGCACAUCCUGAUAGCAGGACCCAUAGAAGGCGGAAGAAGGAGACUGUGGAGAGUCAGCCCACUUGGGUUGACGACACCAGAAUCGAUGCAGAUGAUAUUGUCGAAAAAAUUGUGCAGAGUCAGGAUUUCACAGAUGUCAGUAAUGCUGAAGACAGUAAUUUGAGGCUGUUUGUGAGCAGAGAUGGAACGACAGCACUGAGUGGUAUCCAGCUGGGAAACAGGGUAUCUGCUGGUGUCUUUGAACCUGUUGUUAUCGAGAGCCGUUGAGUACUACAGUCGAGCUUGUGAGCCACUCUGCACUUGCUAGCCUCUUUCCAUUCAAGCUCCUUGUCUACUACAACGCACCUACUUUUACCACCAGAUCACGUCACCGACUUGCAAAGCUGGACGAAAGGAAGAUGGUGUCUGUGACUAACUGACAACCCCAAGAACCUGCAGCUGUUGAUUCCGGACUGCAUUGGGAUUUGGGUGGGAUGACAGCUUAAAAAAAAGGACUGAGUCCUUUUUUGUCACCAAAUGUUCUAAUCGAAACUAAUAUUACUGUUGAAAUUUUUAGUUAAAUUGUUUCUGUAAUGUUUCAAUUUCUUUCAGAAUUGCCUUUGAAAUAUUUAUCUUUAAAUGCCACAACCAAUCCAAGAUGAGCCAGUUUAAAAAGGUGACCAUUUUUCUUUGUGAUUUUUGUGGCAUAAUUACUUCAUGUUAAACGAGAGCCUUUACCAAUGCUGCACUCGCUCCUUUCCUGCGGCUUUUGUAGAAGACCAGGACUGAAACCUGAAACAUACAUUAAUUGCCCAUUGACUUCUGCAACUCAGAAAUUUAAAAGGAUUUUAUUAUGUUGUGCUGAUUUCUAAAUUUGCCUGUGUGCACAGUAAUCAUUGGGUUUAUUUUGCACAACAAAAAUUGAUCAUGAUUUGGUCACCAGCAAAGGAGCACAGCAGCUUCAAACUAGUACUUAUCUUUUUAAAAAAAAAGUAGUGGAUUGGUCAUUUCUGGGUAUACAUCCACUGUCAGGAUAAACGGAAUUAGUCUCAAUCAAAACUGAUUAUUCCAAUUCCAGUAAAAAUGAUGCCACCAAAGGAUACGCAGAGUACUAUGAUGCAGUUGUGCUGAGUGUUUCAGUAUCCAUUGAGUGUUGGAUUCUCCUGCAAUUAAAUAAUAGGAUUUUUCCCAGCAAUGACCAUAUUCAUGAGCACUCAAAACCUACGUCAGGGACUUUGCAACUAAACUUCAUGCACAUAAAAUGCUUGAUACUAUUUCUGCUACGUAAGUUCAGUCAAUUUAUUUCUUUACAAAUUCUUGAGGCAGGGAGCAAACUUUGUCAGGUUCAUUUUAUAAGAAUCAACAUUUGUUAAUGCUUCAUAAAAAGAUAAAAUCAUUUUUGACCUGUACUGUUUGAACAUUUACCAUAAGGAUUGGCCUUAGUUUUCAUUCCGGAGCAAAAUAAAAAUGUUGUCCUGCAGUUGAAGUUAAAUUGAUAACAAAGCCUAAUGAGAUUUGCUAGAGAUUCAAUAUCUAGUGAGAAAAAUGCAGCUAAACCUGUUCAUCAGCUUGGCUCACAGCGUACAUCAAUAUCAUAGUUGGCUUCCCUCAAUCACUGCUCCCAAGAAUGACAACCCUUUAGUAUAUAAACUCUAGAUAUUUUACUCACAACUGCUACCGAUGCAGAAUCUUUUAGAAGCUCUUAAGUCUAAAGAUUGUUUACAAAAUAUUAAUUAUGAGUAUAGCGGUAUUUCCCCCUGGCUGAAUUGUUUUCAAAGAUUUCUGUGCAUCUUUUCCCACUUUUACCAACACCAUUCACUAGAUAGAAUAGUAGAUAGAAACCUCUGCUAAUGCUUCUGUUAAAUUGUUACUACCUAGGAUGUGCACAAGAGUGAUGCAGGAAAUAACUAGACAGCUCAGCUGAAAUCUAGCAUUAAUGUGUGAAAAUCUGCAGAGAAUCUUGUUGCUCUGUGAUAUGACACCUACAUAGAGUGCCUUUUACUCUGCACCUUUACCAAAAGAGAUUCAAUAUCAGAAAGUGUGUUAAUGUAUUCUCAGUACAGGAGAAAGUGUACCGAAGUCUUAAAUGAAAAUAUUUAAUUUGAGUUGAUUUAUAUUCAGAAUGAAGUUGGUGAUUCUGAAAUUAGGAUUCCCCUCCAAAGUCCAUUGGUAAAGUACACGUUUUGCAUACUCUCUAUGAUGUACAGGUAUACGGUUAAGCCUUCAUUAUUCAUUCAGCAACAAGGUUAAAAAUGUUUUUCAAAAGCCAUUGCAUGAUGGAAGAGUGCCUAUUAUUACUUCUGAGGUGGAAAGUACUGGCUUACUGAUUUGAGAAAUAAGCUGAAGCAGUUUCAUGGGAUUUAACUUUAGCUUGAGUGAAUGCAGUACUUUUAAUACUGGACUGCUACUACAUUGGAUUCUGGUCAAAUCGAGGCAUAUAGUGGUGAGAUUUGAGCACUCCGGUCAUACAGUGCUCCACAAAGAAAAGCAGUGGUCUGAUGCUGACAUAUUCUGAAUGCACCAGAUAUUUAUUGAAGGUUUCCGCCUCAGAGUUAGUUUGUCGCUUCUCAUGGAACAAAAAUAACUAGAAUCAUUCAAGCUUGUAAGAUGGGUUGCUCUUGUAACGUCAUUUGCUUUCUCUUUGUUCUAAAUGUCCUCGCAUUGGUUAGCUAUGCACUUUGGAGACUUGUACAUUUCUUACAAGACCAGUGACGUCUUGAGUAAUUGCAUGCCACCUGUGGACCUUGUGGCCUGUUUGACGUACUGUGAAAGUUAUCUUGUACACUAUCUAUAUCUGUGGUAUAUUCUUAUGACUUAAAACGCAAGGGUGAUGAAUCCCAUCUCCUGAUUUUCACAAAUUUCAAUAAUUACAAUGAGUGGGAGGCAAGCUCUAGGUUACUUGCGUUCUAUGAGUGUAGUGUCAAAAUUAACACUUUACCUGCUGGAAUAAGCUUCCGUCAUAAAAUUGCGCAAAAAAAGAUUAUAGAUAACUAACAUGCGCCUAUUUCGAGCACCCUAAACUCCAGAAAAAUGAUUCCUUUCUGGAAUUUUUUAUGCUGUUUAUUCAGCCACAGCACUUGACCUCAAAGUAAAUGAAAUAGAAGAUGAAACGUCAUUCGAUCCGACAACAUAUAAUUGGGUGUAUUCAUUGUUUGGAAAUAACUAAUGCUGCCAUAGAUAUAUUUUGUUCAGAUCAAAAUACAGACUAGUGGAGUUGAAAAUAAGCUGCCUGUUUUGGCCAGUAAUGUGUCAGCUUGUUUAGUAAAUCAUAUCUUUCCUCCACUUGUUUGUACCCAUUUUGAAUAAGAUGCAGUUUUUGCAAAAUUUUCUUUACGUGCGUGCACAAACCAGCCACUUCUGUCUCUUCCUUCCUCCCUCCCUCCCCCAGCGUGUAUCUACCCUCGAUCAGGAUAUGGUUGCUGCCAUUAUUGUCACUUUACGAGCCCGGUUCGUGUAAUUCAAGCAUGAUGAAGCAGGACAUGAGGUGGUUGUAGUGCGGAACUGCUAAACCCAGUUGACCCAAGGCACACUAUCAAAGUAAUACACAGCCCUUGAACUUGAAUGUGAAUUGUUUUGAGCAGAACUCAGGGUUGUACGGUUUAAGUGAAUGACCUGAUCCUCAAUUUUACACGUUUCCAGUUACUUCUUAUGCGGUUUAAUCAAGGACCAAGUAAAGCUACAGAUAAAAAAAAGCAUGUACAUACAUGUACAAUAUGCAACACAGGUCAAACACAGUCAGAAUAAGGUAACGUGUGAACUAUGAAACAAGAUGGUAAUACGUUCUGUGCCUUCUUUUGAAGUAAUAGAAUUGUUAUGUCGUGUAUAGCUGGGAAAUUGAAUGAUACGGGCAUUUAAUCUGAACACAGAAAGUUGUUAUGCAAUUACACUCCAGAUGAAUAUACAAUAUAUUAAGAAAAAGGUCUAGAUUUGAUAUACAGUAUUUUUUUCUAUCAUUAAAUAUCCACAAAGUGGAACAGUGCCCAAAUGACAAAACUGUGUGAAAAAAAAAGAAACGUUUCCAGUCGAUUUAAUCAGAGACAAAGAACAUUUUCUUAGACAUUUAAAUGUUCAUCUAGCUAUUGUAAUUUUGAUUUUUGUAGCUUUUAUGCAUUUGAUUCUACUUUGUAAACGUUAGGACGAAUCUGACCAGUUUGAUCAAGGCCAUAGACUAAGCCAUAUAUUCAAUGACGUUUAUUAGUUGUUGGCAAACAGCCUCAAUCUGUGUUGAUUGGUUUCCAGCUGGUUGUCAGUAUGAUUACGGUUAAGUGUAUUUUGGGUACUCUAUAUUUCAGUCCACUGACACAUUAUGUGUUCUCAACAUAUGUUUUAAGAGUUGUCACAAUGCAGGUGUUUUUCGUCAUUUCCCGCUACAGAACCAGCAGAUCGGGAGUUAUAAUUGACAACCUUAGUGUUCUUGCCACUUGACACGUACAUGAUUAUUGGAUACCAAGAGGCUGAGUUAAUCAAGGUUUAGAGUCUAGUGAUUUGGUAUCAUGUUUAUUUUCUCCUUCAAGCUGUUUCCUAACAAAAUCCCUUUGUAGAUAUUUUUUAAUUUUUACUUGCUAACAUUUAAAGGUGUAUCACAGUCUUUAUUGCAGGUUGUUGCUGUAUUUCCAAGAAAGCUGCAUUUUGUACAGUACUUUCAACCUUUAAACUGUGGAAUCACAAGCUAAAAUGACCACUAAUACUGAGGUCUUUCUGUACUAUGACUUGCUGUUGAACUGUGAUGUGAUGAGAUUACCACCAAAAGAACCAAUUUGAUUUGAACCAAAGCAAAAAAAAAAGUGUUGGUUUCUGAGAUUUGGAACAGCAGUGUUUUUUCAUCCAUUCUUUUCUUGCCCUCCUUUUUUUCCCUCCCUCCUUUAUGUUACAUCACUAUGACUUAUACUCUUGUUUCCUGGAUGAGAAAGUGGCUGACCGCCAAGCUUCAUCCGAUAUCUGUAUUUAGCUGACCUCUGAGUGAGAGGGCUGUUUUUCUUCACUCGUUUUUCCAUCUUGUCAAACCACUUCACUUUUGUUUUUGCUGUUUGUUUUUCCUUGUGGCACAGGUGAGGGUUGCCAGCUGGUAGAAACCUCCUGCACAACCACUCAAUGGUAAAGCAUGUUGGAGCACUAGCACUCCAUGUCUUAAUUGCGAAACUGGUCUAGCAACCAAUGUUUGAUGGAGCCUUGAAGCACUGCAUUUCAGUUGCCUGUCAACAUUGUUGUGGAGGAACAGUUUUCCUGGAACUGCAAUGCAGGUUGACUUCCAGAGCAACCACUAUUGAAACCCAAACCGUCUCAUACUGCAUUGUUACAUGAAAAGUGGGCUUAUUUUUAAUAAAGGCAUUUAAGGUGCUGUGUUAGUCAUUCAUCCACUUUUAGAGCUCAGGUGUACUGCUGUUUCAACUCAGAUUUAAUUGGUUCUUCUGUCAGUCAAAUAUUGAUCAUUGAUUUAAAAAUAAGUAGUUAGUGAUUCCUUUUACUUGUUAAACUGUCAAAUGUUGACCACUGUUGUAGAAGUGUUUUUUUUAAGUUGUUUCCUGUUUUUUUGCUAUGUUACACAAUGCUUCUAACCAGCGGGCUGGUUAUGUUCAGUACUGUUGCUCUGGGGAUAAGAAAGCCCUUUAUCAUGGGCACUGACAGGAAAUCCUCCAUCCCCAGUACAACUGCACUAGAAAAUGUACGGUUAACGUGUUACACUCUGUUGUAGAUCGUGUUUCUGAUUCUGUUUUGUAAAAGGUGAUUUUUUUUUGGCAUUAGUGUGUAAGAAUUUAUAUGGGACUAUUGUAACCUCUGACUUUAAAAACCAUUUGCAUGAUGGAGUGUCGUUUAUCCACACUGAUGAGAACAAUUCUGUAAAAUAGUAGAAUUGUGGUUAUGGAACAAAUAGAAAUGCUGUGCUAAUUCUGGAAGCACUAUAGCAUAGAGUAUAAUCUAAUUCUGGUCUAUCCCUGUUAAGACGACUGGAAUUCGAUGAAAUUCUGUGCUUUCAUUUUUUUUUUACUUUUCCAUGGUAUUCACACAAAAAAUGACCAACAUAUUGUGAGUUUUGCUGGUUAAAUCACCACCUCAGGGUAUUUCAUCAGCUGGUUUACUUCAAAAGCCAUUCCUGAAUAUUUGGAUGAAUCCUAGAAUGAGUAGUGGGAGAGAUGUCAGUAAAGUUAAGCUGUUUCUAUUUUUAUAGUGCAUUUAUUUUACAUGGAGGUUUAUUUCAGUAGAUAAAUAGCAUUUAUGUGGUCUUUCAUUCUGCUAUUGACCGCAAUAAAAUAAGGCACCUAUUUUACCUGCAGUGCAUGAAAAUGGGGCCAUCUUGUGCAUACCUGAGUGCCUGCUGAAAACUGGCACAUGUUGCAUUUGGAAAAGGUUGGGAAAAAAAUGUUUUAUGAUGGUUAAUCUCACGGCAUUAAGGCUUUGCCUCAGGAUUAUUAUUUUUUACAGAUGUCACCCACCUUUACCCAUUCUGCCCGUAGGUUGUAACUCCCAAUAACUGGUUAACAAAUAAUUUUACCAUUUGUGACGCAGUGCUGGACACAUCACAUUCAAAAUUAACAUUAAAGGAGAGUUAAGUCUGCUGCACAGCGAUUUGCAACCCUUGAUAUUGUUCCAGAGGCUUAUUGCUUCCUUUAAGGAGUGGUUUAGGUUUCCGCAAACACUGAAUUGUUGCUAAUUAUGAAUAAAGCUAUUUAGUUAGACACGGUUAUUGAUUGGCCUUUAGCACUAUCUCAAUAGUUAUAAUAUCUUCUUUUGCAAAUGGCUGUUCCUGUCUGACUUCCAAUCUUCUGUGAGAUUUCUCCACUAUUCUUAGCAAGUAUGGAAGUCUCGCACUUCUGGAAUUUCGAGUGUUUUUAUCCCUAUUUUUAAUUUAACUUUUAUCACAUUCUUAAAUGCCAGCAAUAUGAACCCAAUCUUUGGAUGCUGAAGACACCAGCAGACCUGUCCAUAAUCAGGUAGCACCUACUUAAGCAUCCAGUACAUUGAUAUGAAUGACCCUAAACAACUCCUUCAACAAGCAUUUGAGCAAAUGACGUGUGGAUACUCGGCACUCCUCUUGCCUUAAGUAAAUCUGUAUAUUUCUGAAAGGAAUUGAAGCUAUGCAUGGGAGUCUAGGCUUGUUGAUAGAUGGAUUUAACAUUUUUGAGAUGACCUAACUCUCAACUGAAGUUAAGUGAUGACAAAAGAUUUUUAUGAUUUUGUUAAAAACAAAGGUGUUACAGAAUGUAUUCCGAAUGAUAUAUUUAGACACUUAUUUUUGUGAUCUUAUGGAGGUUUGUUGGUUGUACAGGUUUCUUAAAAAAAAAGCCCAGAGGAAGUGGAAUUUAUAGAAAUGUUUAUCAGCUGAAAUACUGUAUAACGUUUAGAUAUAUUUAGAAUGCACAAUGUACUGUAAUUGGUAAAAAGAUAAUAUUUGUAUUAAGGUUAUUUGUUUCAUAUUUUAAAAUGUAACUGUAUAGGAGCAGUAUCAUGUAAUACUGUCUUGUUUUCUGGGAAAUAAAUGAUAUGGGUACCUGUA